UCUUAUCUAGGUGCGUGGUUGUGUUAUCCUCCUUCGAGUCUUCAUCGCCUUCAGGCAGCGACAACCUUAAAAGAAGAGCCGCCAAAGUCAAACACUUUCUCCGUCGAGAAGAACGCAGUUGUGACAGCGAGGACACCCGGACACCCAGGUUCUCGCAGACGCCGACAGCACGUUUUUACUACAAACCGCACCUUAUCCGAAUACCGAAGUUCGAGCGUUCUUCAGUCGGCGGCCUGAUGAGAUGAGCAACAUCUGAGGCAUCCCAGCAACCGUGUGCGCAUUGAAAGGAGAAGAAUCUGAAAGUUGCGGAUCGCAAAUCCGAACUGUUACACGUAGGAAACAAAAAGACCAGUAACUGGAAAACGCAGUCUUCGCCGAGAUGGCAACUGUUAAGGUUGCAGACACUUCAAGGUUGCCCGUACAAAAAGUAUUUUUAAAAGUGCCAAAUAACGAAAAGUGCAUCGAAAUCACCCUGUUGAAUAUUAGAAAUGGACUUGAAAACAUGCCCGGUAGGUCGUUGUCUAGUGGAUCGACUUUCGUGUUGCUUCCACUUACAGGAUGCGGAUGAUGGAGAACAUCCGCCAAUUCCGGUAUUAUAUCCUGCGAAAGAUGUGAAACAAAAAAAGUCACGGAUCAAGAUGGAAGUCAUCAUUCUUCUGCAAGGUACCGGAGGUUCAGGAAAAUCAACUUUCAUCAAACAGAUGCGCAUUAUUCACGGCGCCGGUUAUUCUGAAGAGGACAAACGAGGUUUCAUCAAAAUCGUCUAUCAAAACAUAUUCGUGGCUAUGCAGAGCAUGAUUCAGGCUAUGGACAAAAUGCGCAUCCCUUACGGAGAAUCACUUAACAAAAAAAAUGCUGAACUAGUAGAGUCAAUUGACUACAGAAUGGUCACAACUUUUGAAAGUCCUUAUGUCGAAGCCAUAUGGGACUUGUGGCGGGAUGCUGGUAUUCAAGAGUGUUAUGACCGGAGACGUGAAUAUCAACUCUCAGAUUCUGCUAAAUACUAUUUAGAAGCGCUAGACCGUAUUGCCGCUCCGGAUUAUUUACCCACGCAACAAGAUAUUUUGCGCGUUCGUGUCCCCACGACGGGCAUCAUCGAAUAUCCAUUCGACCUGCAGGAGAUCCGCUUCAGAAUCGUGGACGUGGGAGGACAGCGAUCCGAGCGACGGAAAUGGAUUCACUGUUUUGAAAACGUCACUUCCAUCAUCUUCCUCGCAGCACUAAGUGAGUUUGAUCGAAAUCUUUUCGAAUCAGAUAAAGAAAACCGGAUGAAAGAAUCCAGAGAUUUAUUCCACACCAUCGUCACCUACACGUGGUUCCAGCACUCGUCAGUCAUCCUCUUUUUGAACAAAACAGAUCUUCUAGAAGAGAAAAUUGUUCAUUCUCAUUUGGUUGACUAUUUCCCGGAAUAUGAAGGACCGAAACGUGAUGCCAUAGCAGCUCGGGAGUUUAUCUUACAGAUGUUUCUCAACAUAAAAAUUGAUUAUGAAAAAAUCAUCUACUCCCACUUUACGUGCGCUACAGACACUGAGAAUAUUCGAUUCGUAUUUGCCGCCGUUAAGGAUUCCAUACUACAACAUAUUUUACUCAAGUAUAAUUUAGUCUAAUUCCUGAUUCUUCAAAUGUAUUUGUAAAAAUUUUCGUUCCUUUUCCACCACACUAAUCAAGUAAUUAAGUUUAAAAUAUCUAACAUUAAAUACCCCUUUUUUAUUUUUAAUAUCUAAUCAGCUGUAACCAGCCCAGGAAAAACCCCAAAUAUGUGGUUUGAAAGUCAAAUUAUUUCUGUAAGUGUGUAAUAAAAUAAUUUCUUAAUCCAAA